AUGGUGGCUCAGGACUUGGAUCGUCUACACACCCAUGACUUGGAGUUGGGCACAACUGAAGCCACUCAGAAACACAUCCCGCGCAAUGUUGUCCCUCCUAGACGCGUCUCGCAGCGCCGACUCGACUUCGAGCACUCGCGGCCACGCUGGCUGCGGGAGUGUAUAGCAGAGGCGACUGGUGUGUUUAUGUACGUGCUGCCUGGAAUCGGAGCCAUUGCCACCUUCACUUUGAACGCCACAUCGCCUAUCGGUGCCUCAGCCUAUGGAAGUCUCUUGGCGAUCGGUUUUGCUUUUGCCCUGGGCAUUGCGUUUGCCAUCAUCACUUGUGCCCCAACCUCGGGCGGCCACUUCAAUCCAGCUAUUACAAUUUGCCUCUGUAUUUGGCAAGGUUUCCCCCUCAAGAAAGUGCCUCGUUACAUAUUGAGUCAAAUCUUUGGUGGAUUUAUUGCUGCUCUGGUACUCAUGGGAAUAUACCACCAGCAAAUCGGUGAGAUGAAGGAACUUCUCCUCGCCGCUGGCAAGCCUCUCGUCGCCAAUGGCGCUCCAGCAAGUAUUCUGUGCUCAUUUCCCAACCCCGGACAAUCAAUGGGAUACGUAUUCCUCACAGAGUUCAUCUGCGAUUGCUUCGUCGGUUUCAUCAUCUGGGCUGCCAUCGACCCGGCCAACCCCUUCAUCUCUCCGGCCCUCGCUCCUCUCAUGAUCGGCAUGGGAUAUGCUGUCAUGGCUUGGAGCUUUGGAGACGUCACCCUCACUAUGAACAUGGCUCGAGACCUUGGUCCCAGAAUCGUUGCCGCGAUCUUCUUCGGCAAGGAAGCCUUUACUUAUAUGAAUUAUUCUCCUAUCGCUAUCCUCGCCAGCAUACCUGCCACAUUGGUAUCCAGCGCUUUCUACGAGUUUGUCUUCCGAGACAGCGUAUCUGUGAUUCAAAGUGGUCAUGCUGUCCAUGAAGAUGGGGAUGAGGCAUUGGCGAGACACAUUACUAGGACUACUACUGUAGAGGGCUUUGAAGACAAACAUUAA